AUGCCUGCUACUACCAGUUGGAAAACCAUCGCCGCUCUCCACCGUGAGAAGCAGGUUGAAGCGGUACCCAAAGAGUGGCUGCUCACAGAGAAGCAACUCGAACCUCUGAAGGAAAGCAACCGCCUGAUAGAGUCCAAGGCUGUUGAGAGAUCUGGAUUGCUUUCUGACAAAGAGAUCGAAAUUACUGAGCGAUUCACUGCUUCUGAGUUACUUGGAAAGAUACACCGCCAGGAUAUCACUUCGGAGGAGGUUGUCGUUGCUUUCUCUAAGCGCGCUAGUCUUGCUCAACAAUUGACCUCUUGUCUGACCGAGAUCUUCUUCGAAGAGGGUAUUGAACGAGCUAGGCAACUCGAUAAGCAGUUGAAAGACACUGGAAAGUUGGCAGGCCCUUUACAUGGACUUCCCAUCAGUCUCAAGGAUUCAUAUGUCGUCAAAGGUCAUCAUGCUACAGUCGGAUAUGUCGAAUUCCUUCGACAACCCAUUCCAGACACAAACUCUGCACUCGUCAAUCUUCUUCUCGAAGCAGGAGCAGUUCUGUAUUGCAAGACUAAUCUCCCCCAAACAAUGAUGACGGCGGACUCAGAAAACAACAUUUUUGGCCGUGCUCUCAACCCCCACAGAACAACCUUGACAGCAGGCGGUUCAACCGGCGGUGAAGGUUCCCUUAUUGCAUUCAGAGGCUCUUUACUUGGUGUCGGCAGUGAUAUCGCUGGCUCCAUCCGCAUUCCAUCUCUAUGCUGCGGUAUCUACGGCUUCAAACCAACGGCAGAUCGUGUACCGUUCAGUGGACAAUCAGAAUACCCUUUCCGAAGGCUGCACAUGCCUGGUGUGACACCAGUUGGUGGACCCAUGGCCAACUCUGUGGAAGACCUACAGCUAUUCAUGAAAAUCACCAUGGAUCAAAGACCUUGGAACUAUGACCCUUCCGUCGCCGAUAUUCCAUGGAGAGAUCUUAGCGGUGCUGCUGACAAGAGGUUGACAAUAGGAGUCAUGGCUGAAGACCCUGAUUACCCUCUGAGUCCACCUGUUCGCCGUUCUAUAGCCAAAGCUGCAUCAGCACUUGAAAGUGCAGGUCAUAAAAUUGUUCGAAUCGAAGCCGACCCCAGGCGUAAUGCAGGACAUGGCGCAAGAAUCGGCUUCCAGUACUUUACUCUGGUCGGUCCUGAUCCUGACACUAUUUCUCGGGAAUGUGGUGAGCCGCUUGUGGCUUCAGUCGCCAGAUUGGUUCACCCAUUCUUCAAGGGAGAGUUCCCUGUCCGCCCAGACCUUGAGAUCGCCGAUAAACUGUUCAGCUUAGGUGAAGCCAAGUUGGAGUAUAGUAAGGCGUGGCAAGAGGUUUGGCGCGAUAAUAACCUGGAUGUUGUUCUCGCACCGGGAGCCUCGUCGACCUCUGUUCCACAUGAUACAUAUGGAAACCCAGUGUAUACAUUGAUGUGGAACGUUUUGGAUUUCCCUGCUGGAAUCAUUCCUUUCGGCACGUCUUCCAAACUUGUCGAUGGUGAAGUCAUCAAGGCCACAACCCCUUUCGAGCCAGACUAUGUUCCAGAGGAGACAGAUGGUGCACCUUGCGCGAUCCAGAUUGUGGCACCUCGGUUCAGGGAUGAGGAGUGUCUACAAGCGAUGCAAAUAAUCGACAGAGACAUCAGACUCUCUCCGUCACAGAAGCUAUAG